AUGGGAAGUAGCUACUCUGGUGUCUAGAUUGCUAUUGAUAAGUUUUAUUACGCAGAAGAAUUGGUGUCUGGCAAGAUUCUAAUUGAUAAAUCUAAAAUUAAUGCUAUUAAGAACCUCAUCAUUCGUAUCAGGGGGCAAGUCUCAUUGGAAAUAGAGGGGGAGUCUGUCUAAAGGGAAUUUUGCAUUUACGAAAGUAAGCUUGAGGAAGAAGAUCUGGUAACAAUCAGAAACUAGACUGGAGUUAUUGAAUUUGAAUUGUAGCUGUCCAAUAAUCUUCCGCCUUCUGUAUAUUACGAAUAAAUUAAAUCGAGGGGAGGGUUGUAGUAUCAAUUAGAGGUGGAAUUGAAUCCUGAUGGCAUAUUUGAUUUAGAAAUACUAAGGAAAAACUUAGAGAUACGAUAAUCAAUGCCAAAGGUUAAGGAAUUCAGUCUUGUCAAGGAACUAAAAUUGGAAUCAUUAUUCAGCAACUAUGGAGUAUCUUUAUGCCUUUAUUAAUCAAUAGACUCUUAGUAUGGAUGUGAAUGUCAAUGAAUAAUAAUUUCACAUUGGUUAAACUGCCGAAGUUACCGUAUUUGCAGAUAACACCCUUGGAUAAGUGGACAUUGAUUAUAUCACUGUUGAACAUGUUUAAGAAAUAUCAAUUAAGCCAUCUCACGUAUGGAUUUCAGAAGUUCAACUCAUUAACUCCUAGGCUAUUACGGGAGUUAAAGCCUUUCAGAAGUAUCAGAGUCCAAUUAAGGUAUUCUUGACCAUAACUGAUCCAAAUCAUAAGCUUAAACCUAAUUUACAUUUGGGAUUCCUGAAAAUCCAGAAUUACAUAAGGAUAUCAACGCCCUUCAGUAUAUUCUAAAUAGAUCCUAAAUUUCCAAAAAUUCCUAUUGAGAUUUGUAAAUUGGAAAGUAAAUGCUUGUAUUAAAGUGUUAACAUGAUCGAUUAAGUUAAAUUACCUAAGGUAAGAUAUGCGAUUAACAUAGAAAUUUGUCUUGAAACCAGUGGUUCUGAAACUAGAUGAUUUGGACAAGGACUUUGUGGAAUUCAAAACCUUAAGAGAUGUGAAAAAUUUGUUAAAUCACGUACGCAAAUGA